GAGUUUACGACAGUAGUCUAAUUUCUCAUUGGAUGAGACGAAUUAUCGUAAAGUGUGAUGUAAUUGGAACACAUGGGAAGUGUGUUGAGAUGGAAGGAAAAAACAAGAAAACAUUUUCAAGGAAACUGGGAAAAGGAAGACAAUUCAAAGGUAAACCAGAAUCUACAGGUAGACCUGCAGGGAAAUGGCAACUAAAAGCAAAAACUUUGGAGAAAGGGAAAAAAUUUGAAAAGACUGGUGCAAAGGGGGGAGUGCAGAAGUUUCCUAGGAAAAAGCAAACAGAUGGAAAGUUUGCUGGUAAAAGGAAACGUCCACACGACGCACAAAGCGAAGCUUCUGAAGCAAAGAAACCGAAGUGGGAUGAGUUCAAACAGAAGAAGAAGGAGCUGAAGUUAAACAGACAGCAGAGUGAAAAGAAGGACAGCUAUCAUAUUAUAAGCAGAGCCAAACAAGUGUGGGAGACUGUUAGGAGAAAAGAUUGUGACAAAGAGAAAAGGGCAAAGCUGAUGAGUGAGCUACAGGAACUAGUUCGUGGCAAAAUAAAAAGUAUUGCAUUUGCACAUGACUCCACCAGAGUGCUUCAGUGUUACAUUCAGUUUGGAAAUGACCAUCAAAGACAAGAGGUCUUUGAAGAGUUAAAAGAUCACCUGGUUGAGCUGAGCAAGUCAAAAUAUGCAAGAAAUAUUGUUAAAAAGUUUUUAAUGUAUGGGAACAAGCAGCAAGUGGCAGAUGUUAUGAAGUCUUUCAAAGGACAAGUGAGGCAGAUGCUGAGACACUCUGAGGCUUCUUCAGUAGUAGAGUACGCCUACAAUGACAAAGCCAUUCUGCAGCAGAGACUGAUGCUGACAGAGGAGCUCUAUGGCAACACAUUCCAAGUCUGCAAGUCAGCCCUCUGCCCUACACUAGAGAAAGUGCUUGACGCCAACCCAGAGAAAACAAAGAGCAUCUUGGAAGAAAUGAAACAGAUUCUGACUCCCAUGGCCCAAAAAGAGGCAGUCGUGAAGCAUUCAUUGGUCCACAAGGUAUUCCUUGACUUUUUCCUUCAUGCCCCCGAAAAGCUACGAACGGAAAUGAUUGAAUCAAUAAGGGAAGCUGUAAUAUACGUGGCCCAUACACAUGAUGGAGCCAGAGUAGCUAUGCACUGCCUAUGGCAUGGAACCACAAAGGACAGAAAAGUUAUUGUAAAAACAAUGAAGACAUACAUUGAAAAAAUUGCCACGGGCGAGUUUUCUCACUUAGUUCUUUUGGCUGCAUUUGAUUGCAUUGAUGACACCAAACUGGUGAAACAAUUGAUAAUUUCGGAAAUGGUAAAUUCCUUGCCAAAUAUCGUCAACAAUAAAUAUGGGAAGAAGGUGCUGCUAUAUUUAUUGAGUCCUAGAGAUCCAGCACAUUUCCUACCUGAAAUAAUCCAGGUCUUGGAAAAGGGAGAUGGUAAUGCACACAGCAAGAAGGAUGUGGAGACUAGACGUCGGGAGCUGCUGGAGGCAAUCUCCCCUCCUCUGCUGCAGUACCUGUGUGAAAACACUAGGGAAAUGGUGAUGGACAAAGCAUCGAGUGUGCUGGUCACAGACAUCCUGGGAGCUGCCUUAGGUGACCUGAAGCCUGCUAUGGACUCUGUAGCUAAACUUGCUGCAGAGGAGUUUGUCCCAGGUGGAAAAGAAGGACAGCUUCACAUGGCAGAGCAUCCUGCAGGGCACUUGGUCCUGAAGUGGCUAAUUGAACAGGAUGCUAAGAUGAAGGAGACUGGAAGAGAGGUGAGUUUUUCGAGAACACUGUUGGAACAAGUAGGAGUUCAGAAGCUGAAGACAUGGGCCAGUGUGAACCGGGGAGCCAUAGUUCUCUGUUGUCUUCUUCAGAGUGUUGAUGAUGGAGUUGCAGAUGAGAUCAAGUGUGCUUUGAAGUCUGUUGUACCCAAACUGAAGAAAAUUGAAAAUUCAAAGGGGAUUAAAGCCCUGCUGGAAAAGCUAGCUAAAUAAAGUUGAUUUUUAAUGUAACACCCUA